AUGUCUCUUCGAAAUCUGUGCCGAAUUGCACGUAAUACACAUUUUCGUUGUCGGCAUAGGCAUUAUUGUCGGCUUUUUACCGAUUUGCGAGAAAGCUGUACGGGACGGCUGUGCCGGCUUGCAGAGCACGGGCCGCAGUCCCGCCCCCAUAUUCCUCCGGCCGUCACGCCCAUACUUGUCGGUCUUGGCUACAAGUUGCGUCCUGAAGAAGAUUUCCUCAUUUUAUUGUGUCACCGGCGCAUCCCUCCUCACAUCCCCCUACGCCUCUCCGGUCACCCCCUACGCCUCUCCGGUCACCCCCUACGCCUCUCCGGUCACCCCCUACGCCUCUCCGGUCACCCCCUACGCCUCUUGACCUUACUUAGGGUGUGA